AUGGCGAGUCGAAGGUGCUCGUGUUCUUGUGCUCUGCUUUUCGUAUUGAUUAUUUUCAGUGAGGUUGUCUGCAUACAGGGUAGGCAUUUGAAACAUAAUCUAUGCAAGAAAUGCUCCAAGAAUCUUCGCGAAAGCCAUGUUGCUAAGAGGGCUAAAUCUGUGGCCAUUGGCACAAGUACUGGAGUUGGAUACGUUCAAGACUUUCGUCCCACGGCCCCUGGGCAUAGCCCGGGAGUUGGCCAUUCUUUGAACAAUUGA